AUGUGGUUACAAUCUGAUAGCAAUUUAGAUAUAAAAAUAAUUGCUAGAAGUGAACCAAAUAUUAAAGAAUUCAGUGCAUAUUCAUCAGUUUUACGAAAAAAUAUAUUGAACACGUCAGCUGAAGAUUCUUUAAAUAUACUAGUUGCAUCUGAUAAACUCAAACUUCUUGAACUUGCAGAAUGUGCUCAAAAGCACUUAGUCAAAGAAUUUUCUCAAUGUUUUGUACUUCCUAAUCUUGUAAUAACUCUUUAUUCUCUUUUUGAUUCGGCUAAUUUGUCUUUAUUAGAUGAAGUAGCCAUGAUUUGUCUUUUAGAAAGGGAUGAUCUUGAAUUAGAAGAAACAGAAAUUUGGAAUUAUUUAAUCAAAUGGGGUAUUUCUAAAUUUUUUGACAAUGAUGUUACUGUCAAAAACAUAUCAAGUUGGUCAGAUGAACAUUUCAUGAUAUUAAAAGAAACUAUUUCUCAUUACAUUCCCUUAAUUCGGUAUUAUCAUAUUCCUAAAAAUUAUAUUAACAAACAAAUUAAAAUCUAA